AUGGCACAACUCCGCGUCUUCCUUGACCUGGACACCCUUCAUGACAAUUCACGGCGCUACACUGUUCGGCACAUCCGCCAUCGCUAUCUCCUGUGGAAGCGUGAGAACGUCCUGCAACAUCUUGAACCUCGCUACAUGAGCUCUAUCAUACGCCUGCUCGGUUCCUUGUCUAUGUCUACUCCCGGGAAACCCUUCAACUCGCUGCAUACCCAUCCUCGUUUACCGGAUAUGCCUGAGUCGAACUAUACACCUCAGUGGGAUAUGAUCAUCAUGCUCUGUCAAGACAAACAUCGUCUUCGGUAUCCUCUAUGGACAUCCGAUCGGUAUUGGCUCAUGCGUGCUCGAAUUGCCAAAUUCCGCGAGCAUGCGGAAACUGAUAGAGCUGGAUCGGAGGCGUGGCUGUCUGCUGCGGGACAAUGUUACAAUGCGAUCCGCGGUACAUCUUCCCAUCCCGAGCUGCACCUGUCCUACCUUCAAGCCCUUCUAGUUGAGCCGUCCGACAAGCGCUUCCAAGAAUUUAUUACGCAUGUUGCGAGCAUUCUCACGCAAACUGGCUGGAUCCACCCAUCUCUCAGUCUUCUACUAUUCCAGUCUAUCGUCAGCGAUACCAACAUCCCGUCUACUUCGAAGCAGGAGCUUCUACUGGCUAUCUCGAGUCGCGUUGCGGCUGACUGGCCGACUGUUACCAUGUCUUCGAACUCCCCUUCUGCCCAGGCCACCUUCGUCGUCUCGGGUGCCCACAAACUAGUCGUUGCGUUGGAACGUGCUGUGUUCGGGAAUAGCUUGCUCCCCGGAGCUACAGGCGAUUCACUUUCCCGGUGGGCACGAGCAGUUGCACGUCGGGUGUUCGCAGUACCUCAUGACAUCGACCAUACGGACGACUUGGGUUGGACCUGCCUCUGCUUACUCGCACUCGUACGGACACGCACGGCUGAGUGGAGUGGCGACAGCGCGGAGGCGUCCAGCGACCCUAUCCGACGGGCAGCAGUGAUGGAAUGGCAGACGGUCUGCAUUCUCGCGGCCGUGGAGAAUUUACUGGACACCGGACGGUCUUCCCCUAGCGAUGCACUCCCGCUUGAGGUCGUCCAGGGUUUCUGUGGCGUCCUUCGCAAGCUUUGGGGCGACUGGACGGCGAUCCCUCUCGAAGACGCCCCGCCUCGCCCUCUCUAUGUCUCGCGUCUCAUCUGCGCCUCCACGCUCAAACUCGCUGGACGCCUCGAAGACAAGGUUCUGCUCGACGCCUGUCGUGAGUACUGUGUCACGGCCAGGCUUUGGUCUUGCCAGGAGUCCAGCUCUGACACCGAAGCGGGCUUGCAAGAGCUAGCGACGGAGCAGUUGUAUGCCGCGCUGAAGUGCGGGACGUUCUUCGAGCGCGCGUUGGUGGACUUGGUCGUCUGCACGACUGACAUGGGUCUCCUCACCGCCGCUACGGACGCUGCGGUCAUGCGAUACGCGGGUCUCGAUCCGGAGCAUGCUCAGGAGCUCGUCGCGUGGGCGAGGAACCGCGGUAUCGCUCCGUCUGGGAAGGCCGUCGCGUACGUCGGGAUUGCCUUGGCACGACACGGCAUGAGCGACUACCUGGACCGUUACAUCGACGACCCCUCGCUCUCCUUCGAGCAGCGUGCGCAAGUCGUGAUGGCGCACUUGCGAACGUUCGCCGCGCAUGGUCGGCGGUUCAUAGAGCCUCGGGCGAUUGCGGAUAUAGGCCGAAUCGCUGUCAACCUCUCAACGUGCGUGGCCGAACCCGGGCCGCUGCUGGGCUGCCUUCAGUCCUCCCUUCUCGUGCUCAUCCGCGAGGGCUAUGCUGCAAGGGCCGUCGCUCUCACCGAGGAUGUGGUGCAGAAGCACCCCCCUGCUCUUACCGAGCGACUCUGCUCCUACGUUCUCUCUGCUCUCCUGAGGUAUAGGCGAUUCAAGCUAGCCCGGCGCCUUCUCGCUCGCUGCGCUCCCCUGCAUCCCGACAGGGCUUCCGACUGGAGUAUUAUGGAGGUCUUGCGUUCUGCUCGGGGCAACGCCAGUCGGCUGGCGUCACAGCUGGCGGCAACGAGUGCCAUGAAGCAGCCACUCCGUUCAGCAGCCCUAACGUCCUCUCGCGUCGGUCGCGGAAGGAAGUUGCCCAUCGUUUCGACACUCCAUCUACCCUCUCUGUACGGAGCGACCUCGGACCCGGACGUGGCUCUGCGCGCACUGCUGGCCCUCAUUCGUAUCGGGCGACUCCACGCCGCGAAGAAGCUUGGCGAACGCAUUUCGCAGCAAGAGAGCGUGGAGGUGCGCACCGUCGCCGGCAACAUGCUCCUCGACGGCGCUGCGACCCGCGCCUCGCGUGGACAGAGGGUGCGCGAGACAGCGUACAUAUAUCGGACGCUCACGGAGAAGCACGCGUUCGUUCCGGACCGGGUCACAGUCAACAUCAUGCUUAAGGUGCUGCUGUCGGACAAGGAUCUCGACGUGGCAAAGGCCCGCACGUUCUUCAAUGCUGUCGUGAAGAUGGGCUACCCAACUGGCGUUGUGCCCCUAGGGGGAGCGGCCCCUGCUGUCAAGACGUUUCCCUCGCUCUUCGUGGGUGACAUCGAAGUCCCGCGGGUGAACUCCCCCGUCAUGUACAUGCGGCAUGUGCGGCCGCUGUACAAGACGUUCGUUAAGGCCUUCUAUGGAGUGGGAGACGUCGACGCGGCGCGGAAGGUCCUCGGGAUCUUGAAGGAUCUGGAGGCCCAGAACGCCCGGCGGCUGGUGAAGGGGAGGGAUUGGGAUGUGGCGGGUGGAGGACGGACGUGA